CAACCCCCUUUCCCUUUCUCGAAAGGCUUAGCCCUGCAAUUCACGCCCAUUGUUGGUUGAUCGGUUCCAUAAGAGUUGUAAUUACAUGUGCAACACAAGAUAACAAAUAUGUAUGGAUUCUGGGAAAGAACCCAAUAUAUCGGAACCAAUUGAGAUACAUCUUAGGAGAUAGAGGCCUUCGGCGAGAGAAAGCUGAGAUAAAGGCAUUUUGCACAACAAAGUUUUAGGGUGUUAAAUUCUUCGACGCUUCUUUGCUCUAGUGCAUCAAUGGCAGAAGAAGCUGAUCUUCCUCAAAAUGGCUCUACACCUGUAAAUGGAGACGAUCACUCAACUGAAGCACGAGCAGAAGCUCCUCAAUCAUUGGACAUGGAUAUUGAGCCGGAUCUCUCUGAAAACCCUCAUCCCUCUGAAAAGAACGGAGAAGAAGGUAACAAGGAUGAUAAAUCCAUGGAACCAUCAACCCUAACUUCGAAGAGAACCAGAGAUGGAGAAGGAGAGGCAGCUGAGGAGAAUGGAGCUUCAAAAAAGCAGAAGGCCGAGAAGUCAGUGGAGGAGGAAAGGCUGGAGAAAUCAAUGACAGAAGAAAAGGAAGAAGAGGGUGAUGGUGGUGGAGAGAGAGAAGAGAAUGAAAAGGAAGAAGAGGGUGAUGGUGGUGGAGAGAGAGAAGAGAAUGAAAAGGAAGAAGAGGGUGAUGGUGGUGGAGAGAGAGAAGAGAAUGAAAAGGAAGAAGAGGGUGAUGGUGGUGGAGAGAGAGAAGAGAAUGAAAAGGAAGAAGAAGUCGAUGCUAGAGAAACAGAGGAAGGUGAUGAAGGUGUCAUAAAGGCGACUGAUGAAAAUAAUAAUCAGAAGGUCUCUGGUCCAGUUAGUUUGGGACCAAAAGGUUUUAGUACAUCAGUUGAGAUGUUUGAUUACUUCUACAAGUUUAUUACUUUCUGGCCACCACAUGUCGAUUUUAACAAGUAUGAGCACAUGGUGUUGAUGGACCUGAUCAAGAGGGGUCACCCUGACCCGGACAAGAAGAUUGGCAAUGGCAUCAGGGCUUUUCAAGUUCGAUAUCAUCCACUGUGGAAAAGCAAAUGCUAUUUCAUUGUAAGGGAUGAUGGAUUAGCUGAUGACUUCAGUUAUCGAAAAUGCGUUGAUAAGAUACUCCCUUUGCCUGAAAACAUGAAGGCAAAAACUGAUAUUGACAGAGCCCUGGAGGAGACAAAGAAUCAUGGUGGAGGUGGUGGUCGUGGCGGAAGAGGGCGUGGUCAUAGUGGCCAUUUUGGUCGUGGUGGACGUUCGUUUAGGAAAUAGACGUGAAAGGCUGAGAUGAAUAUUUAUGGCCUUCUACUAGUAGUAGUCUUUUGCCUGUUUUUGGCUUUUGAAAAUCUUUUUUGCCUAAUUUAUUCUUGUGGAAGAGCUUCUCGGGAGGAACUGUAUUAGUGCGCAUUUUGUUUGAUGAGUGCAGGACUCUCUCUCUCUCUCUCUUUCGUGCUAAGUUCAUGCAUUGGUUGGGAUGAUGGUGCUGCCGAGUCGUGGUGACAAUGGGCAUGGGCUAGAUUGCCCUGUUCUUAGCACGUCCAUGGCUUCUCUCUCUCUCUCUCUCUCUCAUGGCGCACUUCCAUUGCUUCUCUUGAAACAGGGUUCUCUUACUGAGAAGUUUGUCCUCAAUGCAAGCUUGGAUAACUACUAUUUGCUGCACAAGUUUGUAUUUGGAAACUCAUAUUUGUUUUUUAGUAGUUAUACUAGCAGUGCGCGA